AUGACAUUGACAUUGGAUCAAGCUACACAACCGUUGAAUAUCAUUCAGCAACAAAGAGCAAGACCACAACACGCGAAUUUUAGAAUGAACUUCGAACCAUUUGAGAAAACAGAAAUGAAUCCAGGUGAAGUUCCAGAAAGUUCGAAAGCAUAUCCCCAACAACAAACAUAUGAUAUAUAUUUCAGGUUUGAAAAAGGUGCUGAUGAUUUAGUUAAUAUUGCAGCCGGUCUUCAUAAAGGAUUUGCCCGCGUUGAUGAUGCAAUUACAUUACCAGAAGCGCAGGCAUAUGCAAAGAAACAUGGUAAAAACCGGCAAGCUCACGAAUUAGAUAUUACAGGACCAAACGGUCUUCCAGAUGGAAUUAAGGAAGUUUUCAUCACUGACUCCAAAGGUAAUUUGAAAGUAAUUAAUGGAUGGAGAUUAACUGACAGUGACUAUGCUGAAAGAAAAGCAUAUCAUACAGUUAUACCAGAACCUGCUGAUAGAGCAGAAGAAGGAAACUCUUUUGUUGAUUUCAAGAAGACUUACUUUAGAGUUGCUGAUGAUGGAAAUGGAAAUUCAAGUUAUGUUUAUCGUUUACCAAGUAGAUUUAAAGAUUUACAAAAGGAUAAAGAUGUUGGUGCAAAAAAGUUCUUUAAUGAUGCAUUGGUUAAACCAUGUUUUGAAGUCAAUAAAGACUAUAUAGAAAAUCUUUUCAACGCUGCUGGUUGGGCAAAGAAUGAUGGAGAUGAUAAGAAUGAGAAACGAAGAAAAGCGUUCAGCAAAGCCAUUUCUAAAAGUCAAGGUACUAAUUUCUUGUAUUCAGCUCUUGUUAAGUAUACAACUUAUAGAUCUCUUGGUCGUGGUUGGGGUAUUGAUCAAUUUGUGACUGAAGUCACGAAUAGUGAAUUAGGUGGACGUCCAGAUGUAAAAGAAACUGAAAUAAAGGCAAAGGCUGAAAGAAAGAUGCGCUCAUUCGAAAGUAGCAAAGCGUUCAAGAAUGCGGCAAUGCAAGUUGUUAGUGAUAUGAUUACUAAAUUCAAGAAUGAUCUUACAUAUAGAACAUUUAUUGCUCAACACGCAAUAGGUGCAUUAAGAGUUGCUAUCAUAAAUGUACAAGAAGGUAAACAAUUCGGGUAUGACGCAACAUACAAAUAUAUGGAGAGCUUCGAUAAUAAUGUUGAUCCACAGGCAGUUGCACCAGAACCAACAAAUGUUGAUAAUAAGUUUAAGUCAGCAUUUAAUUACGAGAAUCCACAAUCUUUCGAAAAUGAAAAUGAUCAAACAGUUUAUAUAGCAAGACCAGAAGGUAAAGGACCAGCAAAUCAAUUUUAUAGAGGACCUAAAAUGGGUGGAUAUACACUAAUUGCACCAGAUGGAACACAGCACAUAAUUGAACCAGGUGCUUACGGAAUACAACCACCAGCAAAUACUGCAACACUUGCUCCAGCGAAUUCCACAGCUACAGUAAAUUCAACAGCAAAUCAAAAUAGUCUACGAACACCAUUAACGAGACAUUUUGGAAAACCAAAUCAAAAUAGACGAACAGCUCAACCACCUCAACCAACUAACACAGUUACAAUAAAUCCAGAUGAUCUAAAUACUUUGGUGAAUAAUAACAUGGAUCAAAAUUUACAGAAUACAAUGCGCGGUGCAUUCAACAGACCCCAACGCACAUAA